AUAUUCACCUUCUAUUAUUUGCAGCUAUACAUUUGUUAUUUUGUGGUGAAUUCCUUUGUGGUGUAAAAAGCGAUGCUGUCGAGUCUCCGUAUGCUGGCGAGCACUCGCCAAGUGCUGAUCCGGGGGCUGUGCCCUGCUCUCCAUGGUGUAGAUAUAGCCAGCAGAUCUCGGCAGCUCUCUGCAUUAGCUUCUGAGAGAAGGAGGUUCUAUGAAAAUGUCAGUAUAUCUCAAGGAGAAGCUGGGUUUGAAAUUAACCUGGAUCGCCGGAAACUGAAGACCCCCGCAGGAAAUUUGUUCUCUGUCCCCAGUGAGGCAUUGGCUAUCGCUGUGGCAACUGAGUGGGACUCUCAGCGAGACAUAAUCAAAUUCUUCACCAUGCACCUGACCACACUCUGCAACACUGCUUUGGACAACCCUACACUAAGGCAGAAGGAGCAGCUCAUUAACGCAGCAGUGAAAUUCUUAGAAACAGACACAGUCUGUUACCGAGUAGAAGAACCGCAGUCUUUGGUGGAAUUACAAAACAACGAGUGGGAUCCCAUUAUAGGAUGGGCAGAAAAGAGGUACAAUGUUGUGAUUGGCUCCUCUACUGGUAUUCUGGGACCUAGCAUCCCGAGAGAAACGAAAGAUGUAUUUAUUCGUCACUUGGCAUCAUACAAUUCCUGGGCAUUAUUAGGGAUUGAAUUCAUCAUUGCACAGCUGAAGUCCAUGAUUCUUGCUAUGGGAGUCGUUGACAGAGCACUGACGGUGGAGAAGGCUGUACUUCUCUCACGACUGGAAGAAGAGUUCCAGAUCGGGCAUUGGGGAAACGUAGAGUGGGUUCACGAAUACGACCUGCAAGAAUUGAGUGCUCGCACAGCCGCAGGCGUCCUGUUUGUUCACCUCUGCUCAGAGAGCUCGACUGUCAAACACAAACUCCUGCAAGACUAACUCCAUGCUGGGAUAGCUACACAUGCAACUGAGAUCGUACUACCCUCCAGGGCCUCCUGACAGUGACUCUAGUUCACUGGUGGAAACUAUUGAAAAUAUUAUUUUGUUACAUAAUUUAAAAUGGUGCAAUCCUAGUAAGUGAUUUCUAGGUGUGCACUGUGAUUCACUAUGAUUACAGCGAGAAGCCGUAAUCAUCAACAUUGCUCGGCCAUAAUGGCUGAUAUUAAGAACACUGGCCAACCAAGGAUCUUUUUAUUCAUGUCCUGGAUUGCAUUUAUUGAACAUCCCAACAAAAUACAACUGAUUAUUCAUUGCACCGUUAUGGGUAAUCUGCACUUGGUAAACUCUGUUUGUGCCAUACCAUUAAUGAAUUGAAGGCAAACGCGCUUUACUGUGGGGAAACAAAGUCAUUAUUUUGGUUCCACAAUGUUGGUACUGCAGUUCAGAGUUCGGAGCGACCUCUGAGAUAACGAUAUAGGGGUGUAUUCACUAAACUGCAAUAAAAUUGGUAGGUACUUAUAUCAGUUCUCAGCAAUUCCUGGUGAAGUUAAUAGGUUUGUAAGAUAUAAUUAAUUAUUCUGCCCUAGUGAUAUUUCCAAAAUAAUAUGCCCUGUGCUUUGUCUCACGAACAAUGGAAAUGCCACACAUUCUACCCUUUUAAAAAGGACAUUCCAAAUUAAAUAUAACAAAAGAAAAACUCAUUUUGUAGAGAUCUUGCAAGUACGCAAUUUGUAAGAGUUUCUAGUGACUGAUAGGAAUUUUGCCUAUGGAACACACACAAGCAACAGCCAUUGCAAACUCUGACACAACCGUAACCUCGCUUUAAACUCCUUUUUAGCUUGUGAACAGGAGCAAGGGAGAGGAAUCUGUGUUGUUCGAUAAGGAAGUUGAUUUAUCCAAGGUUAGUCAAAAGCUAGACACCCCUAUAGUAUUUCCAGUUUAACAAAAGUAGUGGAUCUACCUUUUGGCCACUUUUAGAUUUACAUGUUUCUCUAUCAGGUACAACUUUGCUUUAACCCCUUAAGGACCAAACUUCUGGAAUAAAAGUGAAUCAUGACAUGUCACACAUGUCAUGUGUCCUUAAGGGGUUAAAGCACUUAAAUCAAUUCAAAGCAUUGUAUACUCUCUUUACAUUUGAGUCUUUCUACCUUACUUGUGUUUCACAAAUAUUAGAAUAUUAUGCUGAUCUGAGUAGCAAGCAUAGUGGCUUAAUUGAUGCAUGCAUCCUGUACUGACAAGUGCCAGUAAUGUCCGUUUUAGAUGUGAAAAUACUAAUAAAAACACAAACGGCAUAGGGAAACAUACUGAUUACAGGUGCAGCUGGCCCUGUAAUACCAUACUAAUACAUACCAUAGAAUGAGCUAUAUCACUGUGUAACCUAAAUAAAACAGUCUUUGAGUAUUGUAAUAAUUUGAUUGCAAUACUAAGAAUAAUGAACAUCA